AACAUGACCUCCGCCGGCUGCUACACAGACAGUGGCCCUCGUACGCUUUCUACCAUGAUCUACGAUUCUACUUCCAACACCAUCGAUAUGUGCACCUCUGCUUGCGCCAAGGCAGGGUAUAAUAUUGCUGGUAUGGAGUACGGUAGCCAGUGUUGGUGUGACAACACGCUCGCUCCCACCACCCAGAAGGUUCUGGACGUCGGAUGCACUUUGACAUGCCCUGGAAACAGCUCGCAAAUUUGCGGUCAGGCCAACCGCCUCUCCAUCUACUCAAACGGCGCUCCUGUACAGCGUGCAGCACCUUCUAACCCUGAGGUUGUAGGCAACUACUACUUCUCGGGAUGCCACAACGAAUCCACCAGUGGUCAUGCUCUCUCUGCCACUUCAUACUCUGACGGCAAGAACAUGACCUUGGAGAACUGUGCAGCAUUCUGCAAUGGCUACAAGUACUUCGGUGUCGAAUAUUCUGCUGAGUGUUACUGUGGUUCGUCGUUUGGGCCAGGUAGCGCCAUCGCACCGGAUGACUCUUGCUCCAUGCUAUGUUCCGGUAACCAGCAGGAGCUCUGCGGUGGACCUGGCGCUCUGUCGGUCUACACCCUCAACGCUGAUGCUCCUGUCUCGACCAUUACCCAGGGCUCUGGCUUCGCCUCCUACGGUUGUUUCGUAGACGGCACACCUCGUGCUCUUGCUUACUCCGCUGGCUCCAAGAGCGACAACACUCCCUACAAGUGUGCCUCCACCUGCCAAUCCCUCGGCUACAAGUACGCAGGCACCGAAUACGGAUCCGAGUGUUGGUGCGCCAACACCGCUCCUUCCACCAGCACAAAGGCCACCGACUGCAACAUGCCCUGUGCAGGCGACAACACCCAAACCUGUGGAGCUGGCAACAGACUCAGUGUUUACGUAGACAACACCUGGACCAACAAGUUCAGCGCCAGACCCAGCUAUGGAAACUGGAACCUGAUGGCCUGUUACGUGGAUGGCACUAACGGCCGUGUUCUGCCCACCGGUGUUUCCAUGACUGGAGGUGCCAACAACGCAACCAUUGCAAACUGCCUUGACGCUUGCACACGCAGCGGACUCACCGUUUGCGGCGCCGAGUACUACCAAGAAUGUUACGGUGGUAAUGUCGCUCCUGCCAGCAACUAUGUUGCUGGUUCUGACCCCUUGACUUCUGGUUGCAAUUACCCUUGUACGGGAAACAAGACCGAGGCUUGUGGUGGUUCUAACAGGAUCUUGGUGUAU